GCUCGGGCACAAAACCAAGCAUUACCAAAUAUCUAAUCAUUGGCCAUUAUCAAGCACGCAUCAUUAUUAAUGAUUCUGUGUUCUGUACGUCCAACCAGCCAAAGCAGUAGUUAUUGAACAAUGUUGCUACGAGGUUUGCCGCUUAUCCUGAUUACAUUGGAGUUAUGUGGGGCCGCAAAUAUCCUGGCAAUGUUUCCGCUUCCCGGUUUAAGUCACUUUGUGAUGUUCCGAGCGCUCCUAAAGGAGCUGGCCCAACGUGGACAUAAUGUGGAUGUGUUCAGUCACUUUCCAUUGGAAAAACCUAUCAAAGGCUACCACGACAUUGACCUGAGAGGAUCGUCCCCAUUACUGACCAACAACAUGACCUUCGACGUGCUCAGAGACGAAAAAGGCGUGGAAUUCGCAAAACUAAUGAGCAACGAAGCUGGUUUCAAAAUAUGUGAGGACAGCUUUAAAGCCACUCAAUUGAAGCAACUGAAAACCAGCCGGAAAAAGUACGACCUGCUGUUGACGGAACUGUUCGGCUCGGACUGCAUGUUGGGAUGGGCGUGGCACUUUAAAGUGCCAACUAUUGUCAUGACUUCCAGUGCCAACCUGCCAUGGGCAGCGGAUCGAUUUGGCCUUCCAGACAAUCCCUCUUAUAUUCCCACCUACUUUAUGGGAUCGGUUUCCAAACAGGACUUUUUUGGACGCAUGAUGAACACCUGGACGUUGAUUCGUUCCAAAAUGCUGUACAGACUGCAUAGCACCAUACCUUCAAACAAGCUGGCCAAAGAAUUCUUCGGUCCCGAAAUGCCCGAUUUGGAUGUUCUUGCUUACAACACCAGCUUGCAGCUGGUUAACAGUCAUUUUAGUGUGAAUAAUGCCAGACCUCUAGUGCCAAAUGUUGUGGAAGUUGGUGGGCUGCACGUAGGCGAACCACGCCCCUUGAGCAAGCACUUUGAUGAUGUUCUGGCUGCAGAUAAACGCGGCGUCAUCUGCUUCACCAUGGGUUCUGUAGUUGUCAUAGAAUCAUUGCCCAGAGGAAAAUUGGAGGCCCUCCUCAAUGCCUUGGCCGAGCUUCCUUACACGGUAAUAAUGAAGGCAAAUGUGCAGAAAUUUCCCAAAGACAUCGCGGCCCCCAAAAACAUUGUCUUUGAACCGUGGAUCCCUCAGCUGGACAUUUUGUGAAGCCAUGGGCUUCGGAAUUAUGGUGGACUAUGAAAAAAUUACCAAAGAGACGCUGGUGAUCGCGGCUGGAAAGUUACUGGAGGACCCCAAGUAUAGGGCCAACGCGCAAAGGUUAUCCGCAUACUUCAAAGACAGGCCAAUGAAGCCGAUGGACACAGCAGUAUACUGGGUGGAAUAUAUUGUCAGGCACCAAGGGGCUCCAAUACUGCAAUCUGCCGCUAAGGAUCUGGCCUGGUACCAGUACUAUCUCAUAGACGUGGCAGCAUUUUUGAUGUUUUUCUCCGCUUUAUUGGCGAGCAUUGUAGCGAAAGUAUUUGUGCUGCUGCGGAAUCUUGGGGCAAAAAAGAAGACAAAAACCAGCUAAGGUGACAGUUUCAUUGCAAGAAAAUACAGUUUUCUGAGCGGCUGGUAACAGAAAUUGCGCACUCAGCAACUGUGAAGAUGUGCGGGACGGAUUUCAUCCCCUUUGUUAUUUCUUAUUACUAACUAUGGGUUUGUUUUGUAAUAAAAAAAAUUGCUUUUAUUA